AUGGCUCUGGAGACCACACGGAUGAAAUCUCAAAUCCUCCACUUGUUGGCUUGCUUGAGGUUUGGCAUCAUUGGAGCUCGGGGUCUGCCUCCUAUAAAAAGGAAAAAUGGGAGAUUGUCGUCGCAUCCAUAUUGUGUGGCGAGAUAUGGCCGGAAGUGGGUACGAACUCGUACCAUCAUCAACAACCGCGAUCCUUUAUUCCAAGAGCAGUACUCAUGGGAUGUUUAUGAUACAACAACAGUCCUGAUCGUUGGAGUGUUUGAUAAUGCCCAGGUGGAAGAGUCAAGUUCAGGAGGGUACAAGGGUGUCAACAUAGGGAAAAUAAGGAUACAUCUUUCCGAUCUCCAACCUGGUCGGAUAUAUUGUCAUGCAUACCUUCUUCUUGUUCUACAGCCUUCAGGUGUGAAGAAAAUGGGUGAACUGUGCCUGUCGGUGAGAUUUACAUUGAAAUCAUUAACAAACAUGGUGCGUAUGUAUGGCUCCCCCAAUCUACCAAAGAUGCACCAUCGGGACCCACUGCAGAUUCUGAUAUCAGAUCUGCAGUUUCAUGCUGUCCAGAUUGUGGCAUUCCGACUGAGCCAGAUGGAUCCACCCCUACGCAAGGAAGCAGUGGAAUACAUGUGUGAUGUGCAAAGCCACUUGUGGAGCAUGCGGAAAAGCAAGGUCAACUUCUACAGGAUCAUGUCUGCCCUCUCAAUCUUCAUCACAUUUUGGCAGCGGUUUCUCUAUGUUUGUUCAUGGGAGAACCCCGCGAUCACUUUGCUGGCCAAUGCUGUUUUCCUCUUAGGUCUUAUGUUCCAUCAAUUCAUACUCCCGGCAGCACUCCUAUUUACCUUCUUCAGUAUAGUAUGGAAUUACCGGCAUCGCCCUACUCAUCCUUCCCAAGUCGACAUCAAGAUAUCUUUGACAGACACUGUACACCCAGAUGAGCUUGACGAGGAAUUUGAUACCUUCCCUACUUCUCGUAGCUCUAAUUUAACAAUGAUGAGGUAUGAUCGGCUGAGGUGCCUUGCCAGCAGGAUACAGACGGUCAUGGGAGAUGUAGCAUCAUGUGGCGAGAGGAUCACUGCAUUGACAACAUGGAGGGAUCCUACAGCAACAGCAGUAUUUGGGCUCUUUACUUUAGCAGCAGCCGUUAUGAUGUGUUUUACACCGUGGAAAAUUCUCGUCGCGAUGGUUGGACUCUACACCAUGAGGCACCCCAAGCUUCGGCGGAAGACGCCGUCAUUCGCUUGGAACCUCUAUAGGCGAUUGCCACACAAGGGCGACAGUGUGCUCUGA